AUGUCGACGCACGACAAGGAGCCCGUGGCCGACGAGAAGAGGACAGGCACGCCCGACGCGGCCCACGAGGCGGAAGAGGCCGCGACCGUGUAUCCUUCGGGCCUCAAGCUCGCGCUCAUCAUCGUGUCGCUCUGCAUGUGCGUGUUCCUGGUGGCGCUCGACCAGACCAUCAUCGCCCCGGCGCUGGGCGCCAUCACCGCCGAGUACAAGAGCGUCAAGGACAUUGGCUGGUAUGGAUCCGCCUACCUCCUGACCACCACGGCCCUGCAGCCCAUGUACGGCGGCCUCUACAAGCGCUUCAACGUCAAGCUCGUGUACCUGGGCGCCGUCUUCAUCUUUGAGGUCGGCAGCCUCGUCUGCGGCGUGGCGCCCACGUCCACCGCCUUCAUCGUCGGCCGGGCUGUCGCGGGCAUCGGCUCCGCCGGCCUCUUCUCCGGAUCCAUCGUCAUCCUCUCGCUCUCCAUGCCCCUGGCCAAGCGCCCACUCGCCUUUGGCCUCAUUGGCGGCAUGUGGGGGAUCGCCUCGGUGGCCGGCCCCCUGCUGGGCGGCGCCUUCACCGAGCACGCCACCUGGCGCUGGUGCUUCUAUGUCAACCUCCCCAUCGGCUUCCUCGCCAUGCUCAUCGUCUUCUUCGCCCUCCAGGCGAACCGCAACACCACCUCAGCCGCCAAUCAAAAGCCCAUUGUCCGGCGCAUCCUCGAGCUCGACCUGCCCGGCACCGCCAUCUUCAUCCCGGCCAUCGUCUGCCUGCUACUCGCCCUGCAGUGGGGUGGCGCGGAGUAUGCGUGGAACAGCGCGACCACCAUCGGGCUGUUCUGUGGGUUCGGCGCCAUGAUUGCCAUCUUUAUCGGUAUCCAGUUGUGGCAGGGCGACAGGGGCACCCUGCCCCCGCGGCUGUUCGCCAACAGGGACGUCUUGUGCGCGAUGCUCUAUGCCAUGUUCUUUGGCGCGGGCUUCUUUCCGCUCAUCUACUAUCUUUCUCUGUACUUCCAGGCCAUCAAGGGCGUCAGCGCCGUGCAGGCCGGCAUCAAGAUCCUCCCGCUUCUCCUGUCCACGGUGCUCAUGUCCAUCAUGUCCGGCGUCGUCAUCACCGUAACAGGCUUCUACAACAUCGUAAUCAUCCCCUGCAUGGCGCUCUUCACCGUGGGCGCCGGCAUGAUCACGACCUGGGACAUCAACACGCCCCUGCGCGAGUGGUUCGGCUACCAGGUCAUCGCGGGCCUGGGCAUCGGCGCCGGCUUCCAGGUGGGCGUCCUGGUCGUGCAGACGGUACUGCCGCAGGAGUGGGUGCCCGUCGGCACGGCCUGCGUGCAGUUCUUCCAGGCGCUCGGCGGCGCCGUCUUCAUCGCCGUCGCGCAGACGCUCUUCCAGAACGGCCUGAUUGACAAGAUCAACGCGGAUGACAUUGACCUCGACCCCCGCAUCUUCAUCAACAGCGGCGCCUCGGAGAUCGAGAGCGUGCUGGAGCGCAUGGGCCGCGUCGACGCCCUCGACACCGUGCUGGAGGCUUAUAUGAGCGGGCUGCGGAACACCUUUUACAGCAGCGUGGCCUGCGCGGGCAUGGCCUUUCUUUUCGUGCUCGGGCUGCGGUGGAAGAGCGUCAAGAAGGGGCCCGGGGCCAAGAAGCAGGAGGCUGACCCUGCUGGCGGUGCAUGA